AUGAGGGUGCACGAUGCAGAGGCCGCACUACUUAACUCGUUGUGCCAAUCGAUACACGCUAUUGAUAUGGAUUGGCAAAUUAAUUCGGACUCGGAUGGAGAUACGCCGUUGCUGGAUGCGAUAUCGAAGAAGCGAGAUGAGAUAUUAACCUUGCUGUUAGAUCAUGGAGCAGAUAUGACGCUGACAAACAAUAACGGCUUCAACGCCCUGCAUCAUGCAGCUCUUCGUGGGAUUCCAAGAUUGUUGCUUAAUGGGAAUCGAAUAGGAGAUUGUCGUAAAACGUCCCCGAUUUUAUCGCGAAAUGAGAAGUCGCUCGCGAGUUUUCCCAUUCUACAAAAAUGUUCGUUUCCCUCCGAGAUGUAA